CCGAGGAGAUAGCAGAUAGCAAGCACACCUUCAUUUCUGUUGCGGCCUUGAUCGGGAGCGGACGUGUUCUGACGCGUUGAGCGUGUGUCUUUUGUUUGGACCUUAUUUUUUGGACUUUAUCCUUCUCUAACUAGAGGAUUUUUGUUUGUUAACGCCUUUGUAUUCACAUUUUUUACCAGUUCUAUACUAAUCUGAUCUCUGCAACAUUAGUGCUAUCCAUAUUCAUCGAAUUGGCCGUGUGGGCCAGUGUGUCUCAGGCCUGGUGCCAUUCACAAGAAGAAGAAGAAGAUAGCACACCUUGUUACUUACACCAUGACAACGCCUAUUAAUUUAUAUAUCUGUUCUGCUCCAGACGUUAUCCCCACGGGAACAGAACUGUAUACAAAACAUCUUUACAGAACUGCUACAGAAAUAACAUCUAAUUUGAAACACGAGGAACUUUUUGGACCGGAGGUUGGACCAGAAAAUCCAUUUAAAACGCAGCAGCAGCGCGCUGUGAAAAAUAUGCUUUCUGGAUAUGUAGAACAUGCACACAUUAGCCCCUUUCAGUUUGAAAAUCAAAGAAGAACAUUUGCUAGUUAUGGUAAUAUAAACAUUAUUGCAGUCAAAGACAGUGUGGAUUAUCAAGGACGCUCGUUCUUACACGCACCUCAGGAUGUAGGCGUAAAUUUGAGAUCGGAAUCACCACCCGAUCGUUGUUUCCUACCAAAAGCGCAAAUUCACACAUGGGAAGGCCAUACAAAAGGCAUCUCGCAAAUUCGAUGGUUCCCUCGUACAGCACACUUGUUACUAUCUUCUAGCAUGGAUUGUCGAAUAAAGUUGUGGGAAGUGUAUAAAGAUAGGAGAUGCGUUCGUACAUAUUACGGACAUCGUCAAGCGGUGCGCGAUAUAAGUUUCGACAAUGACGGCAAGCGAUUCUUAUCAGCGGCUUAUGAUCGGUAUGUGAAACUAUGGGACACGGAAACGGGAGCUUGUAUCAGUCGUUUUACAAAUAGAAAAAUCCCAUACUGUGCCAAGUUCAAUCCCGAUCCGGAUAAACAACAUCUUUUUGUGGCUGGUACCAGCGAUAAGAAAAUUAUUUGUUGGGAUAUACGUUCGGGUGAAAUAACUCAGGAAUAUGACCGACAUUUAGGUGCAGUGAAUACUAUUACGUUCGUCGAUGAAAACAGAAGAUUUGUUACAACGAGUGACGACAAAAGUCUGCGAGUUUGGGAAUGGGAUAUUCCAGUGGACAUGAAAUAUAUAGCUGAUCCAUCGAUGUAUUCCAUGCCAGCCGUAACGCCGUCGCGAAAUCAAAAAUGGCUUGCCUGCCAAAGUAUGGACAACAAAAUCGUCAUAUUCUCGGCGUUGAAUAGAUUCAAAAUGAAUCGAAAGAAAACUUUCACGGGACACAUGGUCGCUGGAUACGCGUGCGGUUUAGAUUUCUCUCCAGAUAUGAGCUACUUGGUGUCGGGUGAUGCAGACGGAAAAUGUUACAUAUGGGACUGGAAAACAACGAAAUUGUACAAAAAGUGGAAAGCACAUGACGGAGUAUGUAUCGACGUACUGUGGCAUCCGCACGAGCCUUCUAAGCUCGUUACAGCUGGUUGGGACGGAAAGAUCAAAUAUUGGGAUUAACGGAUCAAUACUUGGUUUUUCAAUUUUAAAGCUGUAUUUUGUAAGAGUGUUUUUUUUAUUUUUUAGAAUAAAAUGUACAUAUAUGUAAUAAGUAAUUUAUUUUAAUCGUGGGAGAUCUGCUUUUAUUUCUCAAUCCUUUCGUCCCGUUCACGCGAAUUCCUUAUCCAAUCUCAACAAAUGUAUCAUCAGUGUAUAUAAAAUCGACUUCAAUUGUAUUUUAGUUUCACAAGGCAUAUAUAACGUGUAUAUCUGCAUAAAAUUUGUCGUUUAUUAUAAACUGUAUAUUAUUGCGAUUAGUCGGAUCAUUAUUUCGCGCGCGAUAAAUUUCUCUAUUGAAAAACGACAGGUAUCGUGCAAGAUAUUUUUUUACAUAUACUUCUCUUCCUUUUUGUUGAAAUAUUUCUUUCUUAUUUUAAUUAAUUACGUGAAUAAGUUAACAUGAAACAAAAAUCUUUUUUAUUUGAUAAAAGAAAUUGGUAAACUAAAAGAUAUACUUUAUCCUUUAUAUCCA